AUGGUUUUAAGAUUAGCAUUUGAAAAUUUUCAACAAAUAUUUGAAGAAAUAUCACGAGAGAAAACACUGCUCUCUUGUCUGCUCGUCUGUCGGUCAUGGUGCCAAAUAGCUGCGCCAAUACUAUGGAGACGCCCGUUAGAACGAUCACCAACCUACAAGAUAAUUCCGGUGUACUUAUCGUGCCUUUCAAACACACAAAUAAAUUAUUUACUAGAAAAUGGUGUUGACAUGGAAUACACUCGUCCAACACCAGUAUUCAAUUAUCUUUCAUUCGCAAGACACAUCGAUAAUGCAAAUUUGGAAAUAUCGGCGUUGCAAUGGUGUGCACCGCAUGAUUCUGCUAUUGACAGAUUGAAAAUUCUCAAACAUCAGUUUAUUGAUUUCACUCAAGAGCAACGACGACAUGCGUUACUUAUCGUGCAGGAGUUGUUAAAGGGGUUUCUUAGUCAGUGUGGUACUCUUCGUAGUAUAAAUGUUGAGGUGGGUGUUGAUGUCGCAAGUAGCUGGCGGAAUCAGAUCUCUUUCUCGUUGCCAGAUAUCAAAGGAAAUGAUUCAGUUUUAUUGAAAUUGAAUAAACUUGUGCUAGGUGGAACUUUUGACAAGACGAAUUUUGUGAAAAGGUUAAUUGGAAAAUGCCGAGAAAUUAAAUAUUUGUCGAUUGAUGGACUAGAGUCAGAAGUAUCAAAAGAGGAACCUGUCGCGCUAUCUCAAUUGAUUUCAUCACAAAAUUGUCUUUGUCAUUUGAAGUUGACACGUUACCAUGGAGAUUUAUCACUCGUAUUUGCUUCUCUUAUACAUCACGUCAACAAUAUCCAGACUUUAGAAUUGAUAGGUGUCAACUUCGGUAUUCUCUCCAAUGCGUCGGUUUAUGCGUUGGCUGCCUGUGAAAACUUGCGUUCAUUAAUUUUAAAAGGAUCAUUUCACCUAGGCGAAGAAACCACCGCGCCAUUGUCAAGAGCUUUCUAUAAAUUACAAUUUUUCUCAAUCGAUGAAUACCAUAAUCAGAUUCCUGUCGAUUUCAUAGCCGGAUUUUUGGAAACAACUAACGAGAAUUUACGAUACUUGAAAAUACACUCAUCAAUGAACGAUAACAAUCCAUUUCCAAAAGAACGAAUUCUCGAUACGAUAAUCAGAUGCUGUCCAAAUCUAGAGUACCUCGAGCUAUUUCAAUUGAACGAUCAAGAAAUCACGAGUAUUCUUUUAUCAUGUAACCAUUUGAUUGAUUUUAUAUUUGGCGCGGAACAUGGAUUCGAAGCAAACGCAUUUCUUGAGAAACUUGGAUUACUUCUCCCUCCAACAUUACGGUACUUGAAAGUCGACAGAUACUACGGAGAAUGGGAUUGUAAUUACCAGGCGCUUGAAUAUUUCUUGAAAAUUGUUCAUGCAAGAUUGGAAUGUUUUGAGUUGCCGAAUAUUUACGAUUACUUUCAAGAUGAGAGUGAAGAUCCGGAAGAUUAUGUUUUCGUACGCCCAGCGGUGCAUCUACCUAGACUUAGAGGUCCUGCUAGACGUGCCGCACGACGUUUAGGAAUACCUGCUGCACGUAUUGUUCCACCUGUGCAUCCUCCUCAUGCACCAUUAAUUGCAGAUCAAGAAACGGAAGAAGAGGAUUUAUCAGUUGAUCAGUCUAAGAAACGUCAGCUUAACACUGCUGGGCUUGUUAGUUAUUAUGGUCUCCUUCCGGAAUAUCCAGUUUAUAGGGAUCAAGAGUUGUUGAGUAAAUAUUUGAAUGAUUUCUAA